CUGUACAGCGUGAUGGAGGCUGUCUGUGAGCUGGUGGAUGCCAUCCCCCUACAGGAGCUGCAGUCCCUGUCCUGUGCCAGAGCCCUGCUCCAGCACAGGGACCUCAGGAGGAAAUUGCUGGCUAAUUCUGCCAGUUUGAACCACAGUGGCCUGAAUACUCUUCCCAGAAGCAGGAAGACUCCUGUGGGGCAGGGCCCUGGUGCCUCUCCUGGUGCUGCUCCAGGUUUUGGCCAGAGCUGGAGCUUCAGCUUGGACAGAGACUCCCUCAAAUCCGUGACCCUGCUGUCGAUGUGCUCUGUUCAUUCCAGCAACUCUUCUGCCAAAGCAAAUCAAACCUUGAAUACCUCCUGUGCUUCAAAGCAAAGUGUUGUGGAGAUCACCUGUCCAGGAAGUACAGUGUUGUCUUUUCCCAAGGGAAGUGGCAGCGGGGGAGGUUCCCUCAGACUCAGCCUCUGCUCUGAGCCCUCUAGCAGCAGCAGCUGGGGUGAAAGUCCGGGAGUGAGGGAUGGGAAACAACCCCUGACCAGCACAGCCCUGAAAGCUCAGAGCACAGCUCCCACUGCCAGUCCUGCAGCGAACAGUUUGGGUACAAAUGACCCAGAUUUCGACCUGGAUCACUUUGACAUUGAUGACUUUGAUGAGGACUGGGAGAGCUCAGUGAGUGUUUCAGCUCCUGAGGCUCCAUCAACACCAUUGUACCAGCCCAGCAAGGAAGGUCCACCUGCCAAGUCCCUCUUGUCCAAGAUCAUGUCCAGAGCCCAGGGGUCUGCUGUGGGAUCCAAUCCUUCUGCUCCAAAGUCAAGCUUCCCGAUGGCCACAAAGAACCAUCCAGACCCAGUGGUCCAUAACCCUGCACUGGAGCGCUUCAGGGGUAUGAAGUUUUCCCACUCUGAAGAAAUGAUGACCAUAUUCCACAGGAAGUUUGGAUUGCACUAUUUCAGGACAAACCAGCUGGAGGCCAUCAAUGCUGCCUUGCUGGGGGAAGAUUGUUUCAUCCUGAUGCCCACAGGAGGUGGGAAAAGCUUGUGCUACCAGUUGCCAGCCUGUGUCUCUGCUGGGGUCACUAUUGUUAUCUCUCCGCUGAGGUCGCUCAUCAUUGAUCAGGUUCAGAAGCUGAAGACUUUAGAUAUUGCUGCAACAUACCUGACUGGUGACAGAACUGAUGCUGAUGCCUCAAAAAUAUACAUGCAGUUGUCAAAGAAGGAUCCUGUCAUAAAGCUGCUGUAUGUCACCCCUGAGAAGGUGUGUGCCAGCAGCCGACUGAUGUCAGCCCUGGAGAACCUCUAUGACAGGAAACUCUUGGCGCGUUUUGUCAUCGACGAGGCUCACUGUGUCAGCCAGUGGGGCCACGACUUCAGACAGGACUACAAACGCCUCAACAUGCUGCGCAGAAAGUUCCGCUCGGUGCCCAUGAUGGCUCUCACUGCCACUGCCAACCCUCGGGUGCAGAAGGACAUCCAGAACCAACUCGAGAUGCUGAAACCACAAGUGUUUACAAUGAGCUUCAACAGGCAUAACUUGAAAUACGAUGUGUUGCCCAAGAAGCCAAAGAAGGUGGCGAUAGACUGCUUGGAAUGGAUCAAAAAAUACCACCCCCAUGACUCUGGGAUCAUUUAUUGCCUCUCCCGGCACGAAUGUGACACCACAGCAGCCAUCCUGCAGAAAGAGGGGCUGGCUGCCCUGGCCUACCAUGCCGGCCUCACUGACUCCAGCAGGGACCUCGUGCAGCAGAAGUGGGUCAACCAGGAGGGAUGCCAGGUGAUAUGUGCCACGAUUGCCUUUGGAAUGGGCAUUGAUAAGCCCGACGUGCGCUACGUCAUCCACGCAUCCCUGCCCAAAUCCAUUGAAGGUUACUACCAGGAGUCUGGCAGAGCUGGACGGGAUGGAGAGAUGUCUCACUGCCUGCUCUUCUACAGCUACAGCGAUGUCACCAGGCUGAGGAGGCUCAUCCUCAUGGAGAAGGAUGGGAACAGCCACACCAGGCAGACCCACUUCAACAACCUGUACAGCAUGGUGCACUACUGCGAGAACGUGGUGGACUGCCGCCGCAUCCAGCUGCUCGCCUACUUCGGGGAAACCAACUUCAACCCCACCUUCUGCAAGGACCACCCAGAAGUCAUCUGUGACAACUGCAGUAGGAAGAAGGACUAUAAGUCCAGGGAUGUGACUGAGGAUGUGAGGAGCAUCGUGCGGUUCGUGCGGGAGCACUGCGGGGCCGUGGGGCAGCUCAACAGGAAGAGGAACGCAGGCUUGGGCAGGUACACCCUGAACAUGAUGGUGGACAUUUUCUUAGGUGCAACCAGUGCCAAGAUUCAGACUGGAAUAUUUGGGAAGGGAGCUGCCUACUCCAGGCACAAUGCUGAAAGGCUGUUCAGAAAACUGGUGCUGGACAAGAUCCUGGAUGAAGACUUAUACAUCACAGCUAAUGACCAGGCAGUGGCAUACGUCAUCCUGGGAGAGAAGGCUCAGGCUGUGCUAGAUGGGUCCCUCCAGGUGCAGUUCCACGAGACAGAGAAUGCCAGUGCCAUCAGAAGGCAAAGGGCUUCCAUGGCAAAGAUGUCCCGGCGGGAGGAGAUGGUUAAACAGUGCCUCAGUGAGCUCACAGACACCUGCAAGACGCUGGGCAAAGUCUUUGAUGUGCAUUACUUCAACAUUUUCAGUACUUCCACCCUGAAGAAAAUAGCGGAAACCUUGUCCUCAGAUGUGGAGGUUUUGCUGCAGAUUGAUGGUGUCACAGAGGACAAACUGGAGAAAUAUGGUGCAGAAAUAAUCAAAGUGAUGGAUAAGUACUCAGAACAGUCCAUCCCAGAAGACACUGCCUGCCCCAGUGCAGACACAGCCCUGGGGAGCACCAGCACACCUGGGAGCGAUGGGGAAGCAGAGGAUGCAGGCACAACCUCCAGCUACUUUGGCAACAACACGAACCAAAGGAGAAAGAGGAAACGGCCACCAAAUGCCAGAGACUCCAAGAGGAAAAAGACCAGUGCGGGUGGCAGCCAACAGUUCCACCCCAGAGGUGGCUACAGCAGGUACAGAAGGACCAAGAGGCCUCCCAGCUCAAAGGCUGCAGCCCCCUUUGGCCCCAGCUCUGCAUCCCAGGGAGCUGCUGGGAAGCUGGGCAUGAUGGCACUCCCCAAACCCAAAUCCAGGCACUUCCUCCAGCCUUCGUAUUCCGUAUUGUAA